CCCCCCCGCGCCAUCCCCUCAGCCGCACAUUCGCGCCCCCAUGUCCGGCACGCCCCUGACGCGCCUCUUCGGCGUGCGUGGUGCUGCGCUGCGCCUCGCCCCUUCCUCCUCCUCUCGCUCGCUGCGCACCUCGGCGGCCUCGCGCGCCUCGCAGGCGUCGCAGCAGUACGACUCGCUCUACUCCUCCGCCUACGCCGGCCAAGGUGCGCGUGCAGACCAGCCGAAAUGGUACCGCUCGCCCACGACGCUGCUCCUCGGCUUCAUCCCGCUCUUCACGCUCGGCCUCGGCGUGUGGCAGAUGCAGCGCCUAAGCUGGAAGCUCGAGCUCAUCGACGAGCUCGAGCAGAAGCUCACGCUGCAGCCCGUGCAGCUGCCGAUGCGCGUCGAUUCCGCGCUGCUCGACUCCCUCACCUUCCGCACCGUGCAUCUCUCUGGCACCUUCGACUAUUCGCGAGCCCUCUUUCUCGGGCCGCGCGUGCGCGAGGGCACGCUGGGCUACCACGUCGUCGUGCCGCUGCAGCGCGCCGCGGGCGGCGCAGACGUGCUCGUGGACCGCGGCUUUGUGGCCGAGAAGCACAUUGUGGGCAAGGGCAAGGCGCGGCGAUUGAAGCCUGAGGCCAUGGAGACGGGCAAAGUCUCGCUGACCACCAUGGCGCCUCGAGUCUACCCGCCAAACAUGUUCACGCCCACCAACACGCCGCACACGGGCGAGUGGUUCCACGCCGAUCCGCACGCCAUGGCCGCGUGGAUGUCGGGCGCGGCGGGCGCGGCCAGCCUGGACGACGCACAGGAACACGCAGGCGAGCAGGAGGAUGCACAUACGCUGAGCGCGGGCAUUGGCAAGGGCGUGCGAGAGAUGCUGGGCCUGGGAAAGAAGGGAGAGAAGAGAGUCUUGCCGGCGCUGUUCGAGGAGGUGUUCG